GUGAAUGCAAACAUAAGACUUAGGAUAGUUGAUAAAUGCGUUACAAUUAACUUAUGGUGCCUCAUAAGAAAGUGUUAACAGUGGAGAAGCAUUAUUAAAGUAGGCUUCUAUGCAACCAUUGUAAUAAAUAUCCUCUAUAUAAUUAGAUAUGCAAUUUCUUUACUUAAAAUAGUAGAUGACUAGACUUAAUAAGAUAUUGUUAGACAAAGUGCAGUAGUGAAUUUAAAGACAUUUUUGGAGAAGCAUUGGGGAGAGAAGAAAGAGCCAGGACAUUAUGUAGUGAAUCCAGAAGAAAAGGUUUUGAUUAGAGCAACUAUAAUAGAUGCUUUAGCAAGGUUAAUUAUAAAUUACAAUUAUAUAUAGAUGCAUAUAAGUUAAGAAGUUAAGGUCAUAAUAUGAAGACUUGAUUUACAAAUUAGUAGCUAUCGACUUUCCUAAGGAUUGGCCAUAAUUAGUUCAAUAAUUGGUUAUCAAAUUAUAAAACUACACAUCAUAUGAAGAUUUAUGGAGUGCUUUAUUGACUUUACGUAGAACAUGUGAAGUUCAUUAAUUUUUAUUGGAUAAUGAUCGUAAACCAUUAGAACCUUUAGUGGCAUCAACAUUUCCACUAUUGGAGACCUUGAUUUAAAAAUUCCUUGAAAAUUAUAAUGAAUAAAGUGGAUAAUUGGUAAAAGUCAUUUUAAAAAUAUUCCAUCAUGCUACUCAUUUGGUUAUGCCAAUAUAUAUGAGAGAUUUUAAUGCUGUUGCAAAAUGGAUGCUAUUUUUGAAGACAAUCAUAUCUGCACCUACUCCACCUGAAUUGGCAUCAUUUACUUAGGAUUCUGAAGAGGAAACUAGAAGAGAAAAGUCAUACAUAUGGACAAAUAAAAAAUGGGCAAGUAGAAUAGUAUUAAGAUUUAUCCAAAAAUUUGCAAAUAAAAAGAUGGUUGACCCUGAUAUGACUGAUUUUGCAGAACAUAUUAAGAGUACUUAUGCAAUUGGAUUUAUGGAAUUGUUUUAUAAAAUUCUUACUGAUAAUACAUAAUUCUAAGGACCUAGAACAUGUUUAUUUGCACUCAAAUAUUUAUAUUAUUCUCUUAAAUUAGAUAAUACCAAAGAAUUAUUAAAAGCACAUUAUGAUAAAUUAAUUUAUCAUGUUGCUAUACCUAAAAUGUAAUUGACUCCUAGAGAUGAUGAAUUAUGGAAGAAUGAUCCUGAAGAAUAUAUCAAAAGAUUAGAUGAUUUUUCUCUUUCAACAUAUAAUAUGAAAAAUCCAGCUAAUGAUCUUUUAUAAGAAAUUUGUUAAUAAACUGAUGCAAAUGGUAAUCUGAUGCUUAUUUAAUUCCUUACUUAUUGUCAAAAUGCCUUCAAUUCUAAUUUGGAUCCAUUAACUAAUCAACCUUUAAAUUUACUCAAAAAAGAGGCUUUACUUUGGGGAAUUGAAUGUUUAGUUCAUUAAAUUUCAAAAAUAGAUGCAAUCAAAGAUGGUUUGGAAUCAAUUUUAGAGAAACAUAUAUUGCCUGAGUUUUAAAAUCCAGUUGGAUUUUUAAGAGCACGUGCUUGUCAUAUUUUUAAUGAAUAUGGAACAAUUGAAUUUAAAAAUAAAUAGAAUAUAUAAUUGGCCGUAUAAGGAAUAUCUAAAUGUAUUUUAGAUAAAGAAUUACCAGUAAGAGUAGCAGCAGCAAUAUCAUUUAGUUCAAUAUUAUAACAUAAAGAAGCAUAGGAUUUAAUUAGACCUUAAUUAAGUUAAGUAUUAGAAAUUUAUAUUAAAUUGAUGGAUUUGAUAGAUAAUGAAAGAAUUGUUAGAUCAUUAGAAGAAAUAGUCAAAAACUUUACUAAUGAAAUUACACCAUAUGCACAUUAAUUAGCUGCACAUAUUGCAACAAUAUUUUAAAAAUAUUGUAAUAAAUAAAAUUAAGGUGAUGGUGAUUCAGAUGAUGAUGGAGAAGCUGAAUUAGCUGCUUCUGGAUGUCUAGAAGCAAUAAAGAGAAUCUUAAAUGCACCACUUUAAUAAGAAUCUUAUGUGUAAUUAGAGCCAGUCAUAUUUCCAAUUAUUAACUUUGCUUUGACAGAGUCAGGAUGUGAUUUUAUAAAUGAAGCAUUGGAAAUAUUAAAUUUAAUGCUCUAUAAGAAAAAAUAAUUAACACCAGGAUUAUGGUUUUAUUAUCCAGUUUUAUGUUAUAUAAUUAUUGGAUUACCAUAAGAAACAAAUGUAUAUGCAAUAUAAGGAUUAACAGAAGAAUAAUAUAUCUUAUUGGAAGGAUGUAAGAAAGAUUGGGGUAGUGAAUUUGUUACUUAAAUGUUGGGAUCAUUUAGAAAUUACAUUUAAAAAGGUGGAAGUACAUUUUUGACUUAAAAUGAUUUCUUUGGAAAUUCAUUUAUUUCAUUAAUUUUCAGAUUUAUAUAAAAGAUAUAUACAAUAGCUGAUAAUGGUUCAGAUGAAACUGAUUAAAAUCAAGUUACUACAAUAUUGAUUGCAUUAAUUGAGAAUUUCCCAGGAUAAAUAGAUAAUUUAAUUCCUCAAAUUAUAGAUUUCUCAUUAUUAAACUUAUAAGUAUAUAUAAUUUUAUAUUAUAUUUUUAGAAAGAAAAGAAGACUAAUAAAUUUAAGAUGGUUAAUAUUGGUGUUUUGAAUAUGUGUAUAUGGUAUAAUCCAUAACUUGCAUAAAAUUAUUUAAAUAGUAAAGGAAUUACUGAUUAAAUAUUAUAAACUUUAUUGACAAUGGAAAAACACUAUAAAUAUGAAUGGGAUAUCAGUAGAUUAAUCUUUGCUCUUUGUCAAUUAUAUUCACUUCCUUAAAUUCCUAAUUAUUUAUUGACAGCAUCUUCAGAAAUAGGAAAAUUAUUUGUUAGAUUAUCAACUAAGAUUUUAGAAUUAAGAGAGGAGGAAGAAUCUUGUGAAUAAGAAGAUUAAGCAGAAGAGGAAGUAGAUGAUCAAAAGAAAUUAGCAGAUAAGAUUUAGGAUUUGGAAUAGGAUGAAGAAGAUGAUGAUGAUGAUGAUUAUGAUGAAGAUGAAGAUGAUUAUGCUGAAUUAUAUGAUAGUCCUUUGGAAGAUUAUGAUGCUAUAUUAUUGAUGGAGAAAUUGAUAUUGACUUUACAAUAAAGCAAUCCUCAAUUAUAUAGUGGACUAUUUUCAUAAUUAUCAUAAUAAGAGCAAGAAUAAAUGACUAAGAACAUAAAAGAAGCUAAAGAAUAAUAUGAUGAAUGGAUGAAAUAGAAAUAGCAACAAUAGCUGAAUAAAUGAU